AUGGUCCUGGUGCAUGGCUUCGGGGGCAACGCCGAUCACUGGCGCAAGAACGUGCCCGUGCUCGCGAAGCGCGGGAGGGUGUUCGCGAUCGACCUGCUCGGCUACGGCUACAGCGAUAAGCCCGACCCGAUGUCUCUGCCCCAGAACUCCAUCUACAACUUCGAGAACUGGGCCAGGCAGCUCAACGCCUUCAUCGAGGAGAUCGUCGGCGAGCCCGCGUUCAUCAUGUGCAACUCGGUCGGCGGCGUCGCCGGCUUGCAGGCGGCGGUGGACAAGCCGAGUUCGUGCCGCGGCGUCGUCCUCAUCAACCCCUCUCUCCGCGGUUUACACAUCAAGAAGCAGCCCGAGCUCAUCAAGCCGUUCGUCAAGAUUCUGCAAAACACCCUUCGCACGACGGACAUCGGGCAGAAGUUCUUCAAGAACGUCGCGAGGGCCGAGACUGUGAAGAACAUCCUGAAGGAGGCGUACGGCGAUCCCGCGACGGUCACCGACGAGCUGGUGGAGUGCAUCCUCAAGCCGGGGCUUCAGCCCGGCGCCGCGGAGGUGUUCCUGGACUUCAUCUCCUACAGCGGCGGGCCGCUUCCGGAGGAGCUCCUGCCGGCGAUGCCGAGCGAGGUGCCGGUGAGGAUCAUGUGGGGCCAGGCGGACCCGUGGGAGCCCGUGAAGGACGGGCGGGCGUACGGCGAGUUUGACAGCGUGGACCGGUUCAUCGAGCUGCCGGGCGUCGGGCACUGCCCGCAGGACGAGGCGCCCGAGCUGAUCAACCCGCUGUUGAUGGAGUUCGUGGAGGAUUAUCGCGGGGUCACGCCGGGAUGCGCCUAG